AUGGGGGUUGGGCGUUGGGCGUUGAAGAUGGCACCAAAGGAAACCAUUCUCAAUGAUUUUAAUGGUCGUGUUUCAUGGAAAUCCACCGGUCCCAGCUUGGCAAAGAUAAAGGAGAGGAACCAUACUCCAUCAGAUGCUUAUCAGAAAAGUCAGUUCAAAUUCGAAGGAGAUAAGGUUCUUGGUCAAAGAUUUCCGUUGGUGGAGGAGGUUGAAGAAUGUCCACCCCUUGUCCUCAAAUAUUUUAAGGGUAAAAAGGAUGUUAGACUGAAAGAGCUUGAAGACAUUUUCGUCGGAUGCUCUGAUAAGGAGGAUUCAUGGAAGAUGGGGCUCAUAUUUCUCAUUUACCAGUAUCUGUUCGCAUCUGAUAACAGGAGGAAGAUAAGUUUGAGAAUCUUUCACAUGGUGGAAGACAUGGAGAUGUUCCUCCAAUUUCCAUGGGGAAAGAAGAAAAACUGGAACAAGAAAGGCAUAUGUGAUGUCACUUAUACUAUACAUGGGUUCGCACUAGCAUUCCAAGUGUGGACCUAUGAGCUUAUCGAUACAUUCGUCCCCAAUUUUGCUGAAAAGACACUGGAAGAUGAUCUUACAAGCCCAAGGAUAGUGCUCUAUAAAUCUUUUAGGAGUUAUACCGGACCUGAGGUAUCCACAGUCAUCCAGGAGUGCACUGUUCGAAGAAAAAUUCAUGAGUCUGCGGAGGAGAAGCGGAUGUACUCUGGGGACGACUUUGAAGAUAUGACAAACAACAUUUAUGAUGAAUUCUUUGGAUGUGAUACGAGGAAGAGAAAGAUUGAGGUUUUGAAGAAGAAGAAAAACAUGAAAGGACUCCCAAACCGCCGACCAAGAAGAGUAGACAUAUUAGUCCCAAGGUCCCUGAAGUUAGUGGUGAAACUAGCCAAGAAAGCUCCUCUCAUUCAAUCCCUUCUGCGACGACUCCUAUUCCAACUGUGUCUACAUCUUGAUGUGAAUGAGAUUAAAAGUGAAAUCAAGCUCAUGAAGGACAAUCAACAACUUAUAAUCACAUUAUUGGGGCAAAGAAAUGAACAAAAGAAUGGUGGAGGAGAAGAAAAAGAAGAGGCAGGUACUGCUGCAAUUGAUACUGAGAAGAGGACGACAAAGAGGAAGAAUAAUAAUCUUACACUUGUUGAGAAUAGAACGAAGAGGAAGAAUGAUGAUGUUGAUAAUGAGAAUAGGACGAAGAGGAAGAAUGAUGAGUUAAUGAACUCUAAGAGGAAGAAUGACGAUAAGAUGAAGAAGACUGAGGAUGAUGAUGAGAUUACAAGAAAGAGGAAUGAGAGGAAGGAGAGGCGAGAGAGGGUGGCGAUUUUAUCAAAGAAGAAGAUUGAUGAUGAGUUGGACAAGAAGAGGAAUGUUGAGAAGUUGGCCAAGAAGAGGAAGGCUGAGAAGAGGAAAUCGAAAAAGAAUGAUGAUUCGCGCCCCACGCCAAAAACCUCUCGCAAAUUGGUUUUUGAUGGCCCAGAGGAGAAGAAUGAUGAUGUGCAUGAGAACAAGGAGGUGGUGGAGAACAAGGAGAAGGAGGAGAAUAAGGAGGAAGAAGAUUUGCCCCAUGUUACAAAUGAGAAGAAAGAGGAGGUUGAAAAAGAGAUUGUGAAAGAGAAGAAGUCGAAACAAUUGGGGGAAUACACCGACCCUGGUGGGAAAGGGUUUAAACUAAAUGAUCCGGUUAAGGUUAAUCCUUUGUUACGAAUUGACGAGGAAAAGAUGAAAGAGUUGAAGAAAUGGUUAAAGAGUGAUGCAAAUGAUUUCAAGGAGUUGACGGGUUGCUCUGCAGGUCGUUCUUUAUUCAACAGAUUGCUCAAGCCUCAACAAUGGUUACACGAUACGGAGAUAGAUGAAAUCUGUCAUCUACUGAAACGAAGGGUUGAGGAGUUUCUUAAGACAUAUCCAAGAAAUUUCUCAAUUGCUGACUCCAAAUUCUCUCAGAAGAUGAAUAAUCGUUAUGAUAUGUUUACCCCGAAUCCUGCAGGCUACGAAUUCGACGAUCUCAUGGAAUACGUAGUUGGUGAAGAAAAGCACUGGGUCCUGUGCAAGAUUCAUCUACAAGAUUGGUGCAUAUAUGUAUAUGACUACGAACAGAAUAUGUUCCCAAAUGAUGAAUAUGACAAAUUCUUGAAACCAAUGUGUGUAAUGGUGCCGUACUUGCUUGAACAGGGGUUCACCACGGGCGAUAAACAAAGGUUUCCACAGAUCAAAUUGGAUACGAUGCCAUAUUCCAUAAUACCACACCCAAUAGUCCUAAAGACAACCAAAAGUGGGGACUGUAGGGUUUUUACUAUUAUGCAUUUGGAAUACCUUACUGCCUCAUUGGAUAUAUCAAAUGUGGUCACUGAAAAUAUGAAUUUUUGGAGAAACAAAUGGGCAGUAAGGUUAUUCCAUCAAAUUGUAAACCCUUGA